CUUUUCCCGCAAUAUAGAAAUGUGGAGUUGUUAGCGUAGCAGCAGCUCCGCACAUUUAACAGCUAAAAUGCCCAAACGAACUUGUCCUUUUCCCGAAGCCUUCUCAACCCAGUACAAAAUACAUAUCGGACAGCGGGAGAUAAACAAUUACGGCGUGUUUGGAAAUAAAUACCGACAAGAAAUAUACGAAAAGACGAAAAACUUGCUAUUUAAUGGUGCAAAAGCUGUAGUGGGGAAAAUAUGGACUGGAGAGGAGAAGUGCCCAGACUCACAAUCUAAUGGAGAACACUCUGCGUGCAGUCAGACUCUCCUGAGAGGACAGACGCUUAUUGGUCAGGAUGGGAAACUCACAAGAACAAAUGCUCUACAAGGCGUGCCGGCAGUUCCCACAGGCUGCUGCGUUUGUCAUAAAAACCAGGGCUCAAGGACGCCGUGUUCCCAGUGUGACAGACUGGCAUGUGCUUCUUGUACCCGACAGUGUUCCAGCUGCUGCAGCCUCUGCUGCUCCGUCUGCUCCAUCAUUGAUUACAGCGGACCAUACGAUGAAGUUCUGUGCUGCAGCUGCUCAACGUAAACGAGACCAACAGAACUGAUCAUCCUGAUCAGUUCUUGAUCAUGGUUUUCAUCAUGUAUAGUUGCCCCCCCCCCCCGAGAUAUUGCAAAGAAUGCAGCUUAUAUUUGUUUUUAUCAAUCAAAUGUCUUGUAUAAAUGUCUUUCGUUGUAUUGAACUGAAAUAAACUUGAAUGUGUUUUUUUA